GUUUUUCCCUCACUCAAGCAAGUCUAAAGUAACCUCCUCACUUGCCACUAUAAAGAUUCCAUGACCUAACCCUCUUUAACACCUUAUUAGCACUUAACUCACCUUCACCCUUUUCUUCUCUAUAUCAUAUUUAGUGUGGUAGAUAAUAGCAUGCUAUAAUGCCAUCGGUGCAUUCUAGCCCGUGUUACCCGAUGGAAAACCCGGCUUUGGCAUCUUUACUCCGUCACACGACGGGGGAGAGUAAGCGUAGCAGCAAAUUCUCCGGCGGAGGAGGGCUUUUGAAAAUGUUCAAGUUGUUUCCCAUGUUGACUUCCGGAUGCAAAAUGGUGGCUCUCCUCGGAAGACCUCGGAAAAUGCUAAAGGACAGUGCGACAACCGGCACCAUCUUCGGUUACCGGAAGGGGAGGGUGAGUCUGGCCAUACAAGAGGACACGCGUCAGAUGCCCAUUUUUCUGAUCGAGCUUCCCAUGCUGGCCAGUGCUCUGAACAAGGAAAUGGCGUCCGACAUCAUGAGGAUUGCGUUGGAGAGCGAGACGAAGAGCAGCAAGAAGAAGCUGAUGGAAGAGUUCGUGUGGGCGGUGUAUUGCAAUGGCAGAAAGGUGGGGUACUCCAUCAGGCGGAAACAGAUGAGCGACGAUGAGCUCCACGUGAUGCAGCAUUUGAGAGGGGUCUCCAUGGGAGCAGGGGUGCUCCCCACCGCAUCGGAUCAUAAAGAUUGCGACGGUGAAAUGACGUACAUGAGAGCAAGGUUUGAGAGGGUGGUUGGGUCUAAGGAUUCAGAGGCUUUGUACAUGAUAAACCCAGAUGGGGCUCAAGGCCCCGAGUUGAGUAUCUUCUUUGUUAGACCUCAUUAGAUUUCAUCAUUUCCGUAUAUACACCAUCAUCAUCACCAUCAUAUAUUUAUCUAUCAUUGUUACUCUAAGUUACCCUGUAAGCUCCAUCUUUUUCAAAUCAUUCAACAACAUAACAUGCCUUCUUCUUUUUCUCAUCAUUCUCAACCUAUACUCGCCUAGCUUUAGCUUCCAUUCCCCAGAAACUUUAAACCACAGAUUUGGAAUUAUUUAUAUUUCUGAUCAACUUUUUUUUCUUAAUA